UUUUUUUCUUUAACAGUACACUACCUCUAGUGCGUUUGCACUCCAGCGACCUGAAGCAGAAGCCGGACGUCGCACUCUGCAAAAUGUUGCUGCUACCAAGGCGUCUGCGCUUGGUAAACCCUAUUAAUGUCGCUCCCUUGCUAAACUCUAACCCUAAUUUCGCACCGUCGAUAAACUCGAACCCUAAUAAUUUCAGUGAGGAAGAAGAUGUUUUUAUCCGUGGUCUAAGGACUCAUUCGAAUUCAAAUGCAAAUGCAAUUGUGAAUGCAAAGAACAAAGGGAGGGGAAAGUCAGAAUGGUGGAUUUUGGAUGGGGAAAUGCAAGAGAUUGGGGACGAUGUUCCUCCUAGAGAGAGGUUUGUGAUACCGAGGGACAACCUCCCCAAUAGACGCAGGAAGCAGAUGAGGGAGCAGUUUAUGCGAAGGACCCGCCUCGUCCUUAAAGAAUCUGAGCAUGAGCCUUGGUGCAGAAGAUAUAUGGAACUUUAUCAGGAACUUCGGGAGAACUGGGAAAGGUUAUACUGGGAUGAGGGCUAUUCGAAAAAAAUUGCCCAAGACCAUGCGAACUAUGAAUCUGCUGAAGACGAUGAUCUUGACUUUUCACCAAACAGGAGAAGGCGACCCCAAUCUGAACAGAUGAAGGACCUUGGAUUUGAUGUAGCCAGAUCAAGUGAUGCUUGGGUUAGGUCUGGUCAAAUAAGAGAUAAGUUUGAAUAUGACAGAGAGAAAAGAAUGAGAGACAAAGCUUUUGCUACCAUGAAGAGGGAACCAGACUUCAAUUUCAAUGAGAGCAGUUCUAGAACUCAGCUUUUUGAUGCCCGAAAGUUCUUUCCAGAGGCUAGAAGAGACUGAUCGGCAUUGCACUUUUCUGUAGUACAAAGUUUGGCAUGUUUGCACGUACUUUCUUUCCUCAUUGUUGUAUUAGCUACUCUUUGCCAUGUCUAUUGGCUAUUGUAUAUUAUUAAGUGGGCUGUGAUUUGUAUAAGAGUAAGGAGCACCUCUAAAGAUCAUCAAAAGAUGUAUUAGUGUUGGGAAUUUCAAUCAUGACCUAAAAAUUUACGUUACAUCUAAUUAUGAAAUUUAACUAAAAAACUGGUAUAGAUCAAGCAGAUCUAUAAACAGAUGAAAUUUUUGAGAA